GUCUGACUGGGGUCACGACCUCCCUCGCCUUCCCGACCGCGGUGCAGGCUUGGGCUGUUGUGGAGUGUGUAGUCAAGCCAUCUUGCGAGUCCCUUUCGCUUUCAGAGGCAGCAGCUGGGGGCCGAGACGUGAUCCAGUCAGAUCAAUUUCCGAAAGCGUUGCGACUCUCUUUUCGUUGAUUUUUGUGAGCGAGAGUCGGGUUUGUGUUGGCCGUUGGUCUCCUUGAACUGACGUCCUGAUGUCUGUCAGACCGGCAGGACUUGAGUUAGGGAGCUGCUCGGAAUGGAAAAAAGAAAUCCGGUAGUUUAGUGCUGCCCGGCGUGUGGUUUGUCAAGAGACUUGGAAUCCGCAGCUAUCUGAGGGAGAGCUCGGUGUGGAUCUGAGUGGCCUUAUCUGGCUGCUACAGCAGCUCCGUGCUGCACGGCGAUACCUCGCUGCCAGCCAGCGUGACUCUUGCCUUGUCUGUCGUUCGUUAGUGGAGCCGGAGGCGCUGGCACUGCGGACCGGGCACUGAGCCCCAUGCCUGGCGUAGGCAGGAACACCCCAUCGUCACAGAGGAUGGACACCAGCGGCAUGAAGGUGCUGGAGACGGCGGAUGACAUCCAGGAGCGCAGGCAGCAGGUGCUGGACCGCUACCGCCGCUUCAAGGAGCUGUCCACGCUGCGCCGGCAGAAGCUGGAGGACUCCUACCGCUUCCAGUUCUUCCGCCGCGACGCCGACGAGCUGGAGAAGUGGAUCCAGGAGAAGCUGCAGAUCGCCUCCGACGAGAACUACAAGGACCCCACCAACCUGCAGGGGAAGCUGCAGAAGCACCAGGCCUUCGAGGCCGAGGUCCAGGCCAACGCCGGCGCCAUCAUCAAGCUGGACGAGACCGGGAGCCAGAUGAUCGCCGAGGGCCACUUCGCCUCCGAGAUCAUCCGGACCCGGCUGGAGGAGCUCCACCGUCUGUGGGACCUGCUGCUGCAGAAGACCAGGGAGAAGGGCGUGCGCCUGCUGCAGGCCCAGAAACUGGUGCAGUACCUGCGGGAGUGCGAGGACGCCCUGGACUGGAUCAGCGACAAGGAGGCCAUCGUGACGUCGGAGGAGCUGGGUCAGGACCUGGAGCACGUGGAGGUCCUGCAGAAGAAGUUCGAGGAGUUCCAGACUGACCUGGCCGCCCAUGAGGAGCGGGUCAACGAUGUCAACCAGCUGGCCGGCAAGCUCAUCCAGGAGUCGCACCCCGAGGCGGAGCUGAUCGUGAGGAAGCAGGACGAGGUGAACGUGGCCUGGCAGCGCCUCAAGGGCCUGGCUCAGCAGAGACAGGGGAAGCUGUUUGGGGCCGCAGAGGUGCAGCGCUUCAACAGGGACGUGGACGAAACGAUCAGCUGGAUCAAGGAGAAGGAGCAGCUGAUGAUGUCGGAUGAUUUCGGGCGCGACCUGGCCAGUGUCCAGGCCCUGCUGCGCAAGCACGAGGGGCUGGAGAGGGACCUGGCCGCGCUGGAGGACAAGGUGAACACCCUGGGGGCCGAGGCGGAGCGCCUGCAGGAGACGCACCCCCAGAACGCCUCGCAGAUCCACCUGAAGAGAGACGAGCUCAUCACCAACUGGGAGCAGAUCCGCACGCUGGCAGCCGAGCGCCAUGCCCGCCUCAAUGACUCCUACAGGCUGCAGCGCUUCACGGCAGACUUCCGGGACCUGACCAGCUGGGUGACCGAGAUGAAGGCCCUGAUCAACGCCGACGAGCUGGCCAACGACGUGGCCGGAGCAGAAGCACUGCUGGACAGACACCAGGAGCACAAGGGAGAGAUUGAUGCACACGAAGACAGCUUUAAAGCCACAGAUGAGGCUGGCCAGGCUCUGCUGGCCACAGGACAUUAUGCUUCCGAUGAAGUCCGAGAGAAGCUGGGCAUCCUGGCGGAGGAGAAGGAUUCUCUCCUGGAGCUCUGGGAGCUGCGCAGGCAGCAGUACGAGCAGUGCAUGGACCUGCAGCUCUUCUACAGGGACACAGAGCAGGUGGACAACUGGAUGAGCAAGCAGGAGGCGUUCCUGCUGAAUGAAGACCUCGGUGAUUCUCUGGACAGUGUGGAAGCCCUGCUGAAGAAACACGAGGAUUUUGAGAAAUCCCUCAGUGCCCAGGAGGAGAAGAUCACCGCUUUGGAUGAGUUUGCUACCAAGCUGAUUCAGAACAACCACUACGCCAAGGAGGACGUGGCGACGCGCCGAGAUGCGCUCCUGAGCCGCCGCAACGCCCUGCACGAGCGCGCCCAGUCGCGCCGCGCCGCCCUGGAGGACUCCUUCCACCUGCAGCAGUUCUUCCGCGACUCGGACGAGCUCAAGAGCUGGGUCAACGAGAAGAUGAAGACGGCCACCGACGAGGCCUACAAGGACCCCUCCAACCUCCAGGGCAAAGUGCAGAAGCACCAGGCCUUUGAAGCCGAGCUCUCGGCCAAUCAGAGCCGCGUCGACGCCCUGCAGAAAGCGGGACAGGAGCUGAUCAACGCCGAUCACUACGCCUCCGGCGAGGUGUCGGGGCGCAUGGAGGAAGUCAGCGCUCUCUGGAAGAAGCUCCUGGAGGCCACGGAGCUCAAAGGAAUCAAGCUGCGCGAAGCCAACCAGCAGCAGCAGUUCAACCGCAACGUGGAGGACAUCGAGCUGUGGCUGUACGAGGUGGAGGGUCACCUGUCCUCCGACGACUACGGCAAAGAUCUGACCAGCGUGCAGAACCUGCAGAAGAAACACGCCCUGCUGGAGGCCGACGUCACGGCUCACCAGGACCGCAUCGACGGCAUCACCAUCCAGGCACGCCAGUUCCAGGAGGCGGGUCAUUUCGACGCCGAUAACAUUCGGAAGAAACAGGAGGCCCUCGUUUCCCGCUACGCGGCCCUGAAGGACCCCAUGGUGGCCCGCAAGCAGAAGCUCUCGGACUCCCUGCGCCUGCAGCAGCUUUUCCGGGACGUCGAGGAUGAGGAGACUUGGAUCCGUGAAAAAGAGCCCAUCGCGUCGUCCACCAACAGGGGCAAAGAUCUCAUCGGUGUCCAGAACCUGCUCAAGAAGCACCAGGCUCUGCAGGCCGAGAUCGCCGGACACGAGCCCCGGAUCAAAGCCGUCACGCAGAAGGGGCAGACCAUGGUGGAGGAGGGCCACUUCGCUGGGGACGAGGUGAAGGCGAAGCUGGACGAGCUGAACGGCCGCUGGGAGGCGCUCAAGGGGAAGGCGUCCCAGCGCAGGCAGGACCUGGAGGACUCCCUGCAGGCCCAGCAGUACUUCGCCGACGCCAACGAGGCCGAGUCCUGGAUGAGGGAGAAGGAGCCCAUCGUGGGCAGCACUGACUACGGCAAGGACGAGGACUCGGCCGAGGCUCUCCUCAAGAAGCACGAGGCGCUGACGUCGGACCUGAGCGCCUACGGGAGCAGCAUUCAGGCCCUGAAGGAGCAGGCGCAGUCCUGCAGGCAACAAGUGGCGCCCACCGACGACGAGACGGGGAAGGAGCUGGUGCUGGCGCUGUACGACUACCAGGAGAAGAGCCCCCGUGAGGUCACCAUGAAGAAGGGGGACAUCCUCACUCUGCUCAACAGCACCAACAAGGACUGGUGGAAGGUGGAGGUGAACGACCGCCAGGGCUUCGUCCCGGCCGCCUACGUGAAGAAGCUGGAUCCCACCCAGUCCAGCUCGCGGGAGAACCUGCUGGAGGAGCAGGGCAGCAUCUCGCUGCGCCAGGAGCAGAUCGAGAGCCAGACUCUCGUUACUAAGGAGGCCGGCAGCGUUUCUCUCCGCAUGAAACAGGUGGAGGAACUGUACAGCGCCCUGCUGGAGCUGGGCGAGAGGCGCAAGGACAUGCUGGAGAAGAGCUGCAAGAAGUUCAUGCUGUUCCGCGAGGCCAACGAGCUGCAGCAGUGGAUCCACGAGAAGGAGGGGGCGCUGCACACCGAGGAGGUGGGCUCGGACCUGGAGCAGGUGGAGGUCCUGCAGAAGAAGUUCGAUGACUUCCAGAAGGACCUGAAAGCCAACGAGUCCCGCCUGCGGGACAUCAACAAGGUGGCGACAGAGCUGGAGUCCGAGGGGCUGAUGGCGGACGACGGGGCGGUUGUGGCUCAGACGCAGGAGGCUUUGGGAUCGGCAAGGGAUGAAGCCGACUCGAAAACCGCCUCGCCUUGGAAGUCUAUACGCUUGACAGUACAAACGGUGACUAGCUUUAAUACCAUCAAGGAGCUGAACGAGCGCUGGAGGUCCCUACAGCAGCUGGCGGAGGAGAGGAGCAACCUGCUGGGCAGCGCCCACGAGGUGCAGCGCUUCCACAGGGACGCCGACGAGACCAAGGAGUGGAUCGAGGAGAAGAACCAGGCGCUGAACACCGACAACUACGGUCACGAUCUGGCCAGCGUGCAGGCCCUGCAGCGCAAGCACGAGGGCUUCGAGAGGGACCUGGCCGCGCUCGGAGACAAGGUGAACUCCCUGGGGGAAACGGCCGAGCGGCUGAUCCAGUCCCACCCCGAGGCCGUCGACGACAUCCAGGAGAAGUGCACGGAGCUGAACCAGGCCUGGACCAGCUUGGUGGGCCGCGCGGACCAGCGCAAGGAGAAACUGGGCGAUUCCCACGACCUGCAGCGCUUCCUCAGCGACUUCAGGGACCUGAUGUCCUGGAUCAAUGGAAUCCGUGGACUGGUGUCGUCGGAAGAGCUGGCCAAGGACGUGACGGGGGCUGAGGCUCUGCUGGAGAGACACCAGGAGCACCGCACCGAAAUCGACGCCCGGGUCGGCACCUUCCAGGCCUUCGAGCAGUUCGGGCAGCAGCUGCUGGCCCGCGGGCACUACGCCAGCCCCGAGAUCAAGGAGAAGCUGGAGCUCCUGGACCAUGAGCGGGCGGACCUGGAGAAGGCCUGGGUGCAGCGCAGGAUGAUGCUGGACCAGUGCCUGGAGCUGCAGCUGUUCAACCGGGACUGCGAGCAGGCGGAGAACUGGAUGGCGGCUCGGGAGGCCUUCCUGGCCAGCGAUGACAAGGGCGACUCUCUGGACAGCGUGGAAGCCCUCAUCAAGAAGCACGAGGACUUCGAUAAGGCCAUCAAUGUGCAGGAGGAGAAGAUCGCCGCUCUGCAGUCCUUUGCUGAUCAGCUGAUUGGAGCCGAUCACUAUGCUAAGCAGGACAUCUCCAACAGGCGCAAUGAGGUCCUGGACAGGUGGCGCCACUUGAAGGCCCAGAUGAUUGAGAAGAGGUCCAAGCUGGGCGAGUCGCAGACCCUGCAGCAGUUCAGCCGGGAUGUGGACGAGAUCGAGGCCUGGAUCAGCGAGAAGCUCCAGACCGCUACGGACGAGUCCUACAAGGAUCCCACCAACAUCCAGCUGUCCAAACUGCUGAGCAAACACCAGAAGCACCAGGCCUUCGAGGCCGAGCUCCACGCCAACGCCGACCGCAUCCGCGGCGUCAUCGACACGGGGAACUCGCUCAUCCAGCGGGGCGCCUGCGCCGGGAGCGAGGACGCCGUCAAGGCUCGUCUCAGUGCCCUGGAUGACCAGUGGCAGUUCUUGGUGAACAAGUCAGCUGAGAAGAGCCAGAAACUGAAGGAGGCCAACAAGCAGCAGAACUUCAACACUGGAAUCAAGGACUUUGACUUCUGGCUGUCUGAGGUUGAGGCCCUCCUGGCCUCAGAGGAUUAUGGGAAGGAUCUUGCUUCUGUCAAUAAUCUUCUGAAGAAGCACCAGCUGCUGGAGGCCGACAUCUCUGCACAUGAGGACCGGCUGAAAGACCUGAACGGCCAGGCAGACAGCCUGAUGGCCAGCAACGCCUUCGACACGUCCCAGGUGAAAGACAAGCGCAACGCGGUCAACGGGCGCUUCGUCAAAAUCAAGAGCAUGGCGGCCGGCCGGCAGGCCAAGCUGAACGAGUCGCACCGCCUGCACCAGUUCUUCAGGGACCUGGAUGACGAGGAGUCCUGGAUCAAGGAGAAGAAGCUGCUGGUGAGCUCCGAGGACUAUGGCCGUGACCUGACUGGGGUGCAGAACCUCCGGAAGAAACACAAGAGGCUGGAGGCCGAGCUGGCUGCCCAUGAGCCUGCUAUACAGUCCGUGCUGGAGACGGGGAGGAAGCUGUCCGAUGACAACACGAUCGGGCAGGAGGAGAUCCAGCAGCGCCUGGCCCAGUUUGUGGAGCACUGGAAGGAGCUGAGAGACCUGGCUGCAGCUCGGGGCCAGAGGCUGGAGGAGUCCCUGGAGUACCAGCAGUUCGUGGCCAAUGUGGAGGAGGAGGAGGCCUGGAUCAACGAGAAGCUCAACCUGGUGGGCAGCGAGGACUAUGGGGACACGCUGGCUGCCGUGCAGGGCUUAUUGAAGAAGCACGAGGCCUUCGAGACGGACUUCACGGUGCACAGGGACCGAGUGAACGACGUGUGCGCGAAUGGGGACGAUCUGAUCCAGAAGAACAACCAUCACGUGGAGAACAUCGGCGCCAAGAUGAAGGCGCUGCGCGGCAAGGUGUCGGAGCUGGAGAAGGCCGCGGCGCAGAGGAAGGCCAAGCUGGACGAGAACUCGGCCUUCCUGCAGUUCAACUGGAAGGCCGACGUGGUGGAGUCCUGGAUCGGUGAGAAAGAGAAUAGCCUGAAGACGGACGAUUACGGCCGUGACCUCUCCUCGGUGCAGACUCUGCUCACUAAACAGGAGACCUUCGAUGCCGGACUGCAGGCCUUCCAGCAGGAGGGCAUCACCAAUAUCACGGCCCUCAAGGACCAGCUGGUGGCCGCCAAGCACGUGCAGUCCAAGGCCAUCGAGGCGCGCCACGCCACGCUCAUGAAGCGCUGGAACCAGCUGCUCUCCAACUCCGCCGCCCGCAAGAAGAAGCUGCUGGAGGCCCAGGAGCACUUCCGGAAGGUGGAGGACCUCUUCCUGACCUUCGCCAAGAAGGCGUCUGCGUUUAACAGCUGGUUUGAGAAUGCCGAGGAGGACCUGACGGACCCAGUGCGCUGCAACUCCCUGGAGGAGAUCCGCGCUCUGCGGGACGCCCACGAGGCCUUCCGCUCCUCGCUCAGCUCCGCGCAGGCCGACUUCAACCAGCUGGCCGAGCUGGACCGCCAGAUCAAGAGCUACCACGUGGUGUCCAACCCCUACACCUGGUUCACCAUGGAGGCCCUGGAGGAGACCUGGAGGAACCUGCAGAAGAUCAUCAAGGAGCGCGAGCAGGAGCUGCAGAAGGAGCAGCGCCGGCAGGAGGAGAACGACAAGCUGCGCCAGGAGUUUGCCCAGCACGCCAACGCCUUCCACCAGUGGCUGCAGGAGACCAGGACAUAUCUACUGGAUGGCAUAGCCUAUCGGCGGGUUAUCCAUGUUUAUCAGUAUGAAGUCGGUGAUGAUCUUUCUGGAAGAUCCUGCAUGGUGGAGGAGUCGGGAACACUGGAGUCGCAGCUGGAGGCCACCAAGCGCAAGCAUCAGGAGAUCCGUGCCAUGCGCAGCCAGCUGAAGAAGAUAGAGGACCUGGGUGCUGCCAUGGAGGAGGCGCUGAUCCUGGAUAACAAGUACACUGAGCACAGCACCGUGGGCCUGGCGCAGCAGUGGGACCAGCUGGACCAGCUGGGCAUGCGGAUGCAGCACAAUCUGGAGCAGCAGAUCCAGGCCAGAAACACCACUGGUGUGACAGAAGAAGCUCUGAAAGAAUUCAGCAUGAUGUUCAAGCACUUCGACAAGGACAAGCUCGGCCGUCUGAACCACCAGGAGUUCAAGUCGUGUCUGCGCUCGCUGGGCUAUGACCUGCCCAUGGUGGAGGAGGGAGAGCCCGACCCCGAGUUCGAGUCCAUCCUGGACACUGUGGACCCCAACAGGGACGGGCAUGUGUCUCUGCAAGAGUACAUGGCCUUCAUGAUCAGCCGGGAGACGGAGAACGUGAAGUCCAGCGAGGAGAUCGAAAGCGCUUUCCGAGCCCUCAGUGCAGAGAACAAGCCCUACGUCACCAAAGAGGAGCUCUACCAGAACCUGACGAAGGAGCAGGCCGACUACUGCAUCUCGCACAUGAAGCCCUACAUGGACAGCAAGGGCCGUGAGCUCCCCUCGGCCUUCGACUUCGUGGAGUUCACUCGCUCGCUCUUCGUCAACUGAUCCCCCGUCCCCCCCUCGCCUGCCAGUGACAAAUCGGGACGCGUUUUCCGACGGCACACCUGCAUGAUUCAGGCUGACUCGCUCUCUCUGUGUAACUCUUACGAUAGCUUUGUGAUUGUCUGCAGUUUUUGUGGUGUUAGCUACUAAAUGCUUCGCUAGAU